AUUUGUGAUUUAGCCAAAUCCAAUGGUAUUCGGACUGAAGAUGUCGACGCCUUCAUUGCUUACUUCGCGUCGAUUUACGGCAAUUUGGGAAAUUACUUGUCCUUCGGUGACACGAAAUUCAUUCCUGCUGUCACUCGUGAAGUUUUUACCAACAUAAUCAAAUUGACAGAUGCUUACAAGUCCUCUGAAACAGUCAGAGAAAUUUUCGAGCGUGUGAUUGACAGUAUCUAUUCAGCUCAUCCUGGUCGUUUGCGUUUGUCAUUUCCUCCAGAAGGCAUGACAACAUACUAUUCAGCAAACUGCACUCGGGCAGAUGCUGAACUUGUCCAGUCUUUCCUUAAUUCAAGAAAAAUGGAAGCUUACAACACUCGCUUGGUGAAAAGUUUUAAAAAGGACGCCAGGGGUAGAGAAAAUUACGUGCUCCUUGUUGCGUCUGCUGAGUGCAAAGAGGAGGACAUCGAAAACUCCGGCUUACCACAAUCCUCGACCCUCAAAGACCAAAAGAAAAUGUGGAGUGAAUAUCAGCAAAGUUUUCAAACUGGUUCCAUUGAAGCACACAAAGCUGGAUCAAGGUACUGGGUAGCCGACAAACAACCGGCGGUAGAAAGCUAUAUUCGUUUCAUUGAAAGUUACCGGGAUCCGUAUGGCGUUCGGGCAGAGUUUGAAACCUUCGUUGCUGUUGUCGACAAGGAUGUGUCAGCUAAAUUUCAAAAUCUCGUUAAUAGCGCCGCGUCAUUUCUGUCCCUCUUACCUUGGCCUUCCAGUUAUGAGAAAGAUGUGUUUUUAGAGCCUGACUUUACGAGCUUGGACAUUAUGUCAUUUGGUGUCUCUGGAUUGCCGGUUGGCAUCAAUAUUCCAAAUUACGAUGAUAUUCGGCAGAAUGUCGGUUUCAAAAACGUCUCUCUCGGAAAUGUACUAAAAGCGCAUUUCCAGGAUCCCAAAGCCACCUUCCUCUGUGAAAACGACAAGCAGUGUUUUCUGACAAAUGUCUCUCAGGCGUUUGAAAUAAGCACUGGUCUACACGAACUUCUGGGUCAUUGA